AUGCGCACCAUCCCAUCAUCUUCCCUGCCCGACGAUCCCGCGCCGUCUUCUGAGCCCCUCCCCCCAAACGUCAUACCGCUCCUAAGCGGGGAGAUAUCGUGUGGUUGCACCACGCCCUUCGCGCACCCCGUCGCCAACAGCCAAUCGACAAAGACAGCAACACGCAGCGGCGUUAGGCGGCUGAGGUCAAGCAGGCCGGCCAACUACCCAGACAAGCUGGUCUGGUGGGUAUUUUUAUCCCCAAGAGCCAACGCCGGAAAUCCAGUCCGAAUCUGCACAAGAAACAUGAGCAAGGCCGCGGAUCACAUAAUCUCUGCUGCGGCAAUCCUGCAACCCACUUUCUGCUGCCAACCGUUUGCCCUUGACCUACCUGCUUCGUCGACGUCGCUGCCACUAGGGCCCGCCCAUCUCCAGACGAGUGCCUGGUGCUCUGGGCGGUCCGACUAUUCGCACCGUCGGGCCCCUCGCCUGGCCGCUUAUCCACGCCGCCUCGAGAUUGAACCGUCCACAACCCUAUCAACCUGCUGGCCCCUUUGUGGCAGUGGCGGUGGCAGGCAGGCAGACAGGCGUCCAGGACACGGGACAUGGCUGCGCGAAGCAGCGACGCUCUCCCAGCCCCGCCGCGGCCUUCCCGCAUCUGGCCCAUACCAUUAG